AUGCCCACUCUUUACAGAUCUAGCCACUCCGGAACGCCCUCUACCAUCCACCUGCUCCAGAAGUCCAAUCAGAAAUUGAAGAAAUGGGUGCCCCCACUCCGUCCAGCUGAAAGCCACAAUAAAAGCAAAAUGAAGACUUCGAUUAGAGACCAGCAAGUGGUGCCUGCCAGGGCCACCUUGUCAACAAGCCAGCAGAAGAACUUAACAGAAACACAGGGAAGGGAGCAGCCACAGUCCUGGAAGAUUCAGGCCAGACUCCGGUUAAUGCGGUCGAUGGUCCGCAAUGAGCGGACCGCCUUCCAGGAGCUCUGCAACCAUGAAGCCUUCCUCACCAAGUUCAACCAGGAUCUGGUGAAGACCGUUCGGGACAAGGAGGACGCCACGGCCCUCAGGGUGCGGGCGUUGCUGCAGCAGCACCAAGUCCUCGGGAACGUCAUCAACAUCUUGGAAUACUUCAACAAGAAAAGGGUACAAGAGAUGAAUGCCGAGCUCCAGGAAUGGGAAGAAAAGGAAGAGCAGAAGAUAAACUGCCUGGAGCAGGAGGUACAGAAGCUGAAUGAAGAGAUCAGUGCAACCCAGGAGGAGGUGAAGUUCCUGAGCACGUACAUGGACCACGAAUAUUCUGUCAAGUCAGUGCAGAUUGCCAAUCACAUGCGCCAGCUGCAGCAGGUGAAGGACAAACAGCAGGACAAGCUGGAUAACCUCAUUGAGAUGCGCAAAAUGGCCCUGGACUCUUUGUGUAACAUGAUUAGAGAGAAGGAGAAAGAAAUUCUGCAGUCUCUGAUAAUCAAAAUCCAGCAGCCCUGUGAGACACAUCUUUGGCAGAUGGCCCAGAAUAGCCAGAAAAUGCAGAAAAGCAUGGUCUUUCUCAAAGAUUUUAUUGAGCAGAUGAAGGAGGAAAUGCCCAUACUAGCUGAUGAGGUGAAGGAGUCUCAAUCCCAGAUCUUGGACCCCCGAGAGAUCGCUUUUGAGGAUGUUCUUCUUCGGAGACCCAGGUGCACCCCAGACAUGGCUGUCAUCCUCAACAUCCCCAUGGAAGACCUGCUCUUCUAGGGACGGUUCCCCGGGCUCCUCUCUUCCUGGCUCUUCUCAGGACCCGAGGCUUUGAUUGGUUUAUUUCCAAGACCCUGUCUCCAGUUGGUCCCUCCCCUUUCUCCCCCCUCCCUUUUCUGUUUAGUGUUAUUUUUUUUGCCUCCUCUGGGGAGGCAAAGUUGGUGUAGCGCCUUGGCCCAGGUGCGACUUGCCAGUCGAAUCCUCCAUUCCUUCCUGCCAAAUAAAGCUGGACUUGCA